GACGCGGCAAAAUUUUUUUUUUUUUUUUUUUUUUUUUUUGUGGGGGGGGGGGUGGCUAGGGAAAAAAAAAAAUACAGAUCAGUCUUACACGCUUCACAUACUUCAAAUUAAGGCUGAAAAUGCAAAGUUAUACAAAAUCCUGGGCUCUCGUGGCCAGGUCGGUGAGCGCUCGCGCGCCGGGUAGGAGCCUGUGCAGCAGAAGCCGCACGUUGGGCAAACCUGGGGCGGAACUCGCCGGGAAUAAACCAGUUCUUGUGGCUGUCCGGGGUUUGAGGGGCUCUGCAGUUUUCUCCUCGAGGAAAAUCGAGAGAAUUAUGCCACGACACGAUGAUUUCUCAGAAAGACAUAUAGGACCAGGUGACAAAGAGAAGCAGGAGAUGCUGGACACACUGGGUGUUGGGACGAUCGACGAGCUGAUUGAAAAGACGAUCCCAUCCACUAUUCGUUUGCAGAGAAGUUUAAAAAUGGAUGACCCUGUUUGUGAGAAUGAAAUUCUGGAGUCCUUGCAAAAGAUUGCAAGCAAGAACAAGAUAUGGAGGUCCUUCAUUGGAAUGGGCUAUUACAACUGCUCUGUACCACCUGCCAUACAGAGGAACCUGUUGGAGAACUCUGGGUGGGUGACCCAGUACACCCCCUACCAGCCUGAGGUGGCUCAAGGGCGUCUGGAGAGCCUGCUCAACUACCAGACCAUGGUGUGUGAUCUCACAGGCAUGGCAGUGGCCAAUGCCUCGCUACUGGAUGAAGGCACAGCAGCCGCAGAGGCCAUGCAACUGUGCCACAGGCAGAACAAGAGAAGGACGUUUUACAUUGACCCACGGUGUCACCCCCAGACUAUUGCUGUGGUCCAGACGAGGGCCAACUACAUUGGUGUGAAGGCUGUGCUGAAGCUACCUCAUGAGAUGGACUUCAGCGGGAAGGAUGUCAGCGGCGUGCUGUUCCAGUACCCGGACACCGAAGGCCGAGUGGAGGACUUCACGGGGCUGGUGGAUCGUGCCCACAAAGCUGGGGCACUAGCCUGCUGUGCCACUGACUUGUUGGCCUUGUGCAUCUUGCACCCACCAGGCGAGUUCGGGGUGGACAUUGCUCUGGGGAGCUCCCAGAGAUUUGGGGUACCCCUUUGCUAUGGGGGGCCACAUGCAGCCUUCUUCUCAGUCAAAGAAAAUCUGGUGCGCAUGAUGCCCGGGAGGAUGGUUGGAGUCACUCGAGAUGCUGCUGGAAAGGAGGUGUACCGCCUGGCACUGCAAACUAGAGAGCAGCACAUCCGUAGGGACAAGGCCACCAGCAACAUCUGUACUGCUCAGGCUCUUCUGGCAAACAUGGCUGCUAUGUUUGCUGUCUACCAUGGACCGCAAGGCCUCAGGCACAUUGCUGAGAGGACACACAAUGCCACUCUUAUUCUGGCUGAGGGGUUGAGACGAGCAGGCCACAAGCUCCAGCAUGAGAUGUUCUUUGACACCCUGAAGAUCCACUGCAGUGUGGCAGCCAAGGACAUCCUGGAGAGGGCUGCUCAAAGGCAGAUCAACCUGCGGGUCUACAGUGAAGGAGUGCUUGGUGUUUCUCUGGAUGAAACAGUGACUGAGAGAGACCUGGAUGAUCUGCUCUGGGUGUUCGGAUGUGAAUCCUCAGCCGAGCUGAUUGCAGAGAAAAUGAGUAACAGGACCAAAGGCAUUCUGGCAACACCAUUCAAAAGGACCAGCAAAUUCCUCACUCACCCAUUGUUCAAUAGUUAUCAUUCUGAGACCAACCUCAUCCGUUAUAUGAAGCGCCUGGAGAACAAAGACCUUUCCCUGGUACAUAGCAUGAUCCCCUUGGGCUCCUGCACAAUGAAAUUGAACAGUUCUUCUGAGCUCAUGCCGAUUACAUGGAAGGAGUUUGCAAAUAUCCACCCCUUUGUGCCACUGGCCCAAGCUGAGGGCUACCAGCAGCUCUUCUGGCAGCUGGAGAGGGACUUAUGUGAGCUCACUGGAUACGACAAGAUCUCCUUCCAGCCCAACAGUGGUGCUCAGGGGGAGUAUGCUGGUCUGGCUGCCAUCAAAGCUUAUCUCAACUCCAAAGGAGAGACUCACAGAUUGGUAUGUUUGAUUCCCAAGUCAGCCCAUGGCACAAAUCCUGCCAGCGCCCAGAUGGCAGGGAUGAAGGUCCAGGUAGUGGAGGUGGAUCGAGAUGGGAACAUUGAUAUUGCACAUCUGAAGGCUAUGGUGGAUAAGCACAAGACCAACCUGGCUGCCAUAAUGAUUACAUACCCUUCCACCAAUGGAGUGUUUGAGGAGAACAUCAGUGAGGUGUGUGAGCUCAUCCACCAGCAUGGAGGUCAGGUGUACCUAGAUGGGGCCAACAUGAACGCACAGGUAGGCUUGUGUCGUCCUGGUGAUUAUGGAUCUGAUGUCUCCCAUCUAAAUCUCCACAAAACCUUCUGCAUUCCACAUGGAGGUGGAGGCCCAGGAAUGGGUCCAAUUGGAGUAAAGCAGCACUUGGCCCCGUUUCUGCCCAGCCACCCAGUGGUGACUCUGAAGUCUGAUAACACACUCAGUUCUUUGGGUACCAUCAGUGCUGCCCCUUGGGGCUCCAGUGCCAUUCUACCCAUCUCAUGGGCAUACAUCAAGAUGAUGGGUGCAAAGGGCCUGAAGCAUGCCACAGAAGUGGCCAUCCUCAAUGCCAACUACAUGGCUAAGCGGCUGGAGAAGCACUACAAGAUCCUCUACAGGGGUGUGAGAGGGUUUGUGGCUCACGAGUUUAUCCUGGAUGUGAGGCCAUUUAAAAAGACUGCAAACAUCGAGGCUGUGGAUGUUGCAAAGAGGCUGCAGGACUAUGGGUUCCAUGCCCCCACCAUGUCAUGGCCUGUGGCUGGGACCCUGAUGAUUGAACCCACAGAGUCUGAGGACAAGGCAGAGAUGGAUCGCUUCUGUGAUGCCCUUGUGGGCAUCAGACACGAGAUCGCUGAAAUUGAGGAGGGCAGGAUGGACUCGCGCAUAAACCCCCUGAAGAUGGCUCCCCACUCCCUGGCCUGCAUCUCCUCGUCCACAUGGGACCGACCAUAUACACGAGAGAGUGCCGCCUUCCCCAUGCCAUUUGUGAAACCAGAGACCAAAUUCUGGCCGUCCAUCUCCAGAAUCGAUGACAUUUAUGGCGACCAGCACCUGGUGUGCACCUGCCCACCCAUGGACAUUUAUGAGUCGCCUUUCGAACAGGAAAGGGCCUCGUCUUGACAGCAGGGCCACUGAUUGCACCAGUCAUCUCACAGUGCAUUCAAAUCAACACUGUAUAUUUGUUUUGUCUCCCACUUGGUGCACUGCAAGUGCCUAAGAUCAUCACUUUCAGAUUUAAAAAUAACUUUUGCAUUUUAACUUCUGGUCUCUGUACUAGAAUCAUCAGUUACACAUGGACUGAUUGACUUACUUUGUAUGUAUAGAUUUUUUUUUUUUUUUGUUCUUGAAAAGUGUGGUUCCCUUAACCUUCAUCUGUUUCACCAAAACAUCAAUGAUGGUUCUUUGAAAUAGUCACAGGGGUAAUCUUUUCUAAUUAACUUUAAGCAAUUGAUUAUAAAAGAAUAAAAUGUUUUGAAAAUACUGACUUUCUACUACAGUGGGGUUAACACUGAGGUGGGUCUUUUGGCAGACAGAUCAAAUCCUAAAUUAUUGAGAACAGGCCCAUGGAUUCACUGUACGAUAUGGAGAUGAACUGAACACCUCCCUCCAGCAUCAGCACUUAACCUCAGUUUUGACUUUACCCUUAUUUGCUAUUGCUAUGGAAACCACUUUGUAAGAACAGACAUCCUCUUUAAGUACAGGCUGUGGUUUCUCCAGAAAACCAUUAUGGGAGUCUGUGGAGCUGUUAGGAGCAUAAGUGGAAAGAUUCAAAUGCAAGCCUUGAAUGACCAGUUCCUCUACCCUGUAGCCAAAUUUCGUAAGACAUAUGCAAUGACCCCCCCCCAAUUGCCCCAUGAAGUGUAUUAACUGGAGCACAACACUGGUGUGAGAGCCGCUAGAGCAUUUUCAGGGCAAAAGCUGUAAAGUAUCAGGAAUGUUUGUCACAGCUUUAAAGACAACCGCUACGCUUCCUGUGUUGUCUGGGAGGUGUGGUAAAUCUCAGCUCAGGUUAAACUCAGAGGUAAGGUGGACUUAAACUGGAAUGGGGCACAAAUGCAAUAUACGGUGCAGAUCACAAAACUCAUAUCAGUUUUCCAGUCUCAGCACUUCACUGAUUUAUACCACAUGCUCCUGUUGCAGAACAGGGUUUGAGGUCUAUGGUUCCUGUUCAGCUGAGGAGAUGUGUGACACGUGUUGCUUAUCUCAAGUCUUCCAUUCUGAUUUGAAGGGGUAUGCAGCGCACAGCUGAGUCAAACUGCCUGUACCAGACCCCCUUCCCAGAAACGAGAGACAGGAAUGCCCUUUCUUUUGGUCUUCCUUGUGCUACUGCUCAAAGGUUGCAGAUUUGAAUCGUAUCUCUAGCUGUUGCACCCCUGAGCAAG